AUGUCUGGGGGUGAACCUGGUCGACUCUUUUACUUAGCUCAACAAUGCUCUCAGUUCACGCGCAUUUUGCUUGCAGCAGUUCUCAACCGACUUUCACCUUUACUCCAAAUCGUGCUUUCGACUCACUCUAAACUUAAUCUCUGUGAACGCGCCUCGAGUCUUCAAUUACGAUAUCGGGCAAUCGUUACCCAUGGUCAUUAUUGCGCCAACCUUUCAAGUAUCCUCUUGGAAUACCAAGGUGAUUUUCGCCGGCGACACAUAGCCUCAGCCAUCUCCUUGCGACCACCAACCAACUUGCGUGUGCAUACCUUCCGGAUACCCGGCGUGAAGUAA